AUGGACAAGUUUAUUCUAUUCGGGGACUCAAUUACACAGUACGGUAACGAAAUAGUUGACGGAUUUGCCCUUCAACCUGAACUCCAAAACGCUUACAUUAGACGACUCGACAUUGUCAAUCGCGGAUUUAGUGGAUACAAUUCAGAGCACGCUAGAUUGCUACUCCCCAAAAUUCUUGACGCAGAGUUAAACGAAACAAGGGACAAUGUGAAGUUAAUGACGAUAUUCUUUGGUACAAACGAUGGACUCGUUGGCGUCAAUCCCAUCCAGCCAGUCGAGCUAUCAAGAUACAAAGAGAAUAUCGAAUACUUGGUUGAGUUGGCACUUGCAAACAAUAUCAAACCAAUUGUGAUUGGACCCAGCUUACACGAUUACAAACUCGGAGCUGAGCAUUUUGAUGACUUGAAAGACACCGAGGCUGCCACUUGUGAACGAUACUGGCACUACUCUGAGGGUGCAAAGAGUAUUUGCCAUAAGCUCGAUGUUCCAUUUAUUGAUUUGUGGGAAGAAUUUAGACGAAAUGGCGGCUGGACAAUUGAACAAUUGCUUGCACACAAGAAAGAUUCUCCUGUUGCGGAAGUGAGUUCAUUGAGCAGCUAUUUGAAUGAUGGAAUUCACUUCACCCCUAAAGCAUACAAGAUAUUGCACAAGGCGAUUCUCAAAACCAUUGAGCAAAAUUAUCCUGAAUAUUUGCCUGAAAAUUUGUCCUUCAAAACGGCUUAUUGGCGGGAUAUAAACCCAAAAGAUCCAAGCUCCAUUUUCAAAGAAGAGAAGCAAUUAUACUUGUAG